AGCCGUCGCGUUGCCCUCAGAACGUUCGUGCAAUUUGUUCGUGUCGGUUCGGUUGGCUGUUCGUCAUUCGCGCAAUGUAUCUCGAUCAAAAACAACGGUAAAUACUGUCGAAAACUACUGAAUUCCCAAGAAUUUCGUCCGAUUUCAGGUAGUUUUGCCCUAAAACGAAACAGGACUGUGUUCAGUGCACGCUAACCGGUGGCGCAUCUAGUCUAACAACACGAACGCUGACCCCGAAGAAGAAGAAGAACGCCGAAGUCUUCGAGUUAGUUUUUGUGUGCCCGACCAUACAUUGUGUUUUUGUGCAUCUUUUACCUGCCAGUCCGGCUGCUGGCUGAAGUUUAGCUAACUGACUGGACGUCUUCAGCGAGUAAUUGGAUUAUACUAGCGGUUCUGUGGUGUGUCACUUGUUUUUUCCCAUAACUUUUUGUGCACAGUGAUUUGCUUCACGGAUUUACUUGAAUAAUCGUUGGAAUUGGAUAUUGCUCUCAGCUGCUAUUGUUUUUGACAUGAAGUAGCCACCUGAGUGUUGGGCCCGCUUCAUCGGGCUGGCCGUCCAUCAAAAUGGGAUUCGUGCUUCGCACGUUGCCAUUCCUGCUCACCCUCAUCGAAUGGAGCAGAUCUGAACAAGUUGUUCUUCUGGAUACAACAGCAGAAGAAGCCAGCUUAGAUUGGACCAGAUAUCCAUAUGGGCCUCAAUCCAGCACGCCAGGGUGGGUUGAAGAAUCGUUUACGAACUUCCAAAAGGGCAUCAACUGGCGAUCUUACGUGGUCUGUGAUGUCGCAUAUAGCAACGCCAACAAUUGGCUAUGGACGCCAUUUAUCGACAGGAAAGAAGCCAACAGGAUAUACAUCGAAAUCAAGUUUACCAUACGAGAUUGCAGCUUAUUCCCAGGAAACGCGCUGUCAUGCAAAGAGACGUUCAGCCUGUUGUACUACGAGUUUGACGCCGCGACGCGGGAGCCGCCCCCCUGGGACGCCGAUAGAUACAAAUUAAUUGGCCGGGUGGCUGCUGGUGAGGGAAGAUUCAACUCGAACAGCGAAGUCAACAUUAACACCGAAGUGAAGAGCAUCCCCGUGACCAAGAAAGGCGUUUAUUUUGCCUUUAGGGACCAAGGAGCUUGCAUAUCUCUUCUCGCUAUUAAGAUUUACUACAUUACAUGCCCGGAAGUGACGAUAAACUUUGCCCGAUUUCCGGCCACCCCAACAGGCAAAGAAAUCACCAUCAUCGAGCAGGCUCAGGGCAUCUGCGUCAACCAUGCUGAGGUGGUCGGAUCGUCCCCGAUCUACCUGUGCAAGGGUGAUGGAAAAUGGACUUUGCCCAGUGGCGGGUGCAAAUGCAAAGCGGGUUUCCAACCCGACAUGGACAAGCAAACCUGCAAUGUUUGCCAACCGGGCACCUACAAGUCCGAAGUGGGUGAUUAUCUGUGCUUUUUGUGCCCAAAAUACUCCCACGGGCCAGACUAUGGAUUGACGGAGUGCAAGUGCAACCAAGGCUACUUCAGAGCGCCUACUGAUCCGAAGAACAUGAUGUGCACCCAGCCUCCCUCAGCCCCUGUCAACCUAACCGUUAACUUCGUGGACCAAUCAAACGUGAUCCUGAGCUGGUUGCCUCCUGAAAACCUGGGAGGAAGGUCCGACAUCGCCUAUCGCAUCAAAUGCGAUGCGUGCAGUCUUGGCUUGGUUCAGUACAAUCCUCCAAUGGAAUACUUCAACGAAACCAGGAUGCACAUCAGCGGGCUCAACGCGGUCACAACCUACAGGUUUCAGAUUUUCUCAGAAAAUGGCGUUUCUCACUUGGCACCGCGUCCCAAUACGGACUAUGCGGACGUGAUGAUCACUACGGAGGCUUCAGUGGCCAGCAGCAUCACAAACAUUCGCGUCACUUCCGUCAAAAGCACCGAAAUCACUUUGGCUUGGGACGCCCCGAUCACUGAUGGUGACUUGGAGAGCGACCAGGUCGAAACGUAUGAAGUGAGAUGGUUUCCACGCAACGAAGAAUACAGCAACUCAACGAGCUUUCUGACCACCACCCUCAUCGCAACCAUCACGGGCUUGCAACAAAGGACCGAAUAUGGGCUGCAGGUCAGGGCGAAAACGCCCAGAGGAUGGGGCGCCUGGUCGCCUGUGAUAUUCAAAACUACUGGCCAAGUGCUGAAUACCGCAUACGUUGGGGCUGAAGAAGGCUUCCGGCUGCAACUGGUAGCAGGAGGAAUCGUCGUCAUUGUGGUCGUCCUGGUCGCGGUUAUCGUUCUAACUGUUGUUUUCAUAAGAUCGCGAUCAAAUGACGAGUGCAACAAGAAGCAACCGAGCGAUUGCGAUACUUUGGAGUACCGGAACGGAGAAGUUCAUCACCCCAGCUUGGACAAUCCCCCCAUUGUUACAACUCAUACCAACGUGACCACUCCACUUUUUACUGGAAUAAGUGGUUCGUCACGCACUUACAUCGAUCCGCACACUUAUGAAGAUCCCAAUCAAGCUGUUCGGGAAUUUGCGCGAGAAAUUGAUGCCAAAUGCAUUACAAUUGAAUCAAUUAUAGGGUGUUAUUUUCAAGGUGGUGGGGAGUUCGGUGACGUUUGCAAGGGCAAACUGAAGAUGAACGGGGCCGAAAUCGGGGUAGCCAUUAAAACCCUGAAGGCGGGCUCGUUAGAUAAAAGCCGAAACGACUUCCUCACCGAAGCAUCGAUUAUGGGCCAGUUCGAGCACCCCAACGUCAUUUUCCUGCAGGGCGUCGUCACCAAAUCGAACCCCGUCAUGAUCAUCACCGAAUACAUGGAGAAUGGCUCAUUGGAUACGUUUUUAAGGGCAAACGAUGGCAAGUUCAAGGUGAUACAGUUGGUGGGAAUGCUAAGGGGCAUUGCUGCCGGUAUGCAGUAUCUUAGUGAGAUGAAUUAUGUGCAUAGAGACUUGGCAGCUAGAAACGUGUUAGUUAAUUCUGAGUUAGUGUGUAAAAUAGCGGAUUUCGGUUUAAGUAGGGAAAUAGAAAGUGCCACUGAAGGAGCGUACACGACGAGGGGUGGCAAGAUUCCAGUGCGAUGGACAGCGCCUGAAGCCAUUGCUUUCCGCAAGUUUACUUCUGCCAGCGAUGUUUGGUCGAUGGGCAUAGUUUGCUGGGAAGUUAUGUCUUAUGGCGAACGACCAUACUGGAACUGGUCCAACCAGGAUGUUAUUAAAAGUAUAGAAAAGGGCUACAGAUUGCCUGCGCCCAUGGACUGUCCGGAAGCUAUUUAUCAAUUAAUGCUGGACUGUUGGCAAAAGGAGCGAACACACCGACCAGCCUUCCAGUCCAUUGUAAAAACUCUAGAUAAGUUAAUUCGUGUCCCGGACACUUUAAGGAAAAUUGCUCAGAAUCGUUCCACCAAUCCCUUAUCAGCAGACGCGCCAGAUUUAACCCAGUUUACCUCCGUCGAAGAGUGGCUCAACUCCAUAAAAAUGACGCGAUACUUGGAGAAUUUCCAUGCUGGAGGCGUCAACUCAAUGGACGCGGUGGUGAAUCUCACCGUGAAGGAAUUGACCGAGUUGGGCAUCACUCUGGUCGGACAUCAGAAGAAGAUCAUGAACAGUGUACAGAACAUUCGGGCGCAAAUUCGCGUCAACGGCAACGAAGGUUUUCUUGUCUAAAGCCCCGAAUCACGACUUUUAACACUAAAUCUCGUUUGUGUCAAAUUUAGCGUAAAGUGAGUAUUGUGUGUAAUCCCCUCCUCCGUCUUUGUAAAUUUGUUAUAUUUAUUAUUUUAUUUGAUGUGGAUCUAAUCGGCGAAAUUGCUCAUUAAAUCAUCGCAUCAUUUAGUCACUCAUUGCACUCGAUACAAAUCCAGUGAUGGAAAGGUUACUUUCUAACUAUUGCGGCAGCUUGUGCUUUUAUUUAUUAGUACUUUUUCUACUUAUACGUAAUGGGACGAUACUUGGCUUUCGUUAUGAGCGAAUUAAAUGUGAUUUAUUAUUUUUAGAUUAUGUAAUUGUUUAUGCUUUUGUAAUGUCCGGCCCCCUGUUUAUAUACAUAUAACUGUGUCAUAUAGCUAUUAGGACAGUUUAUAUCAAUGUUCAGAGGCGAGUGUUUGAUUCUGCGACAAUCAUUCAUCAGCCAAUGGGCUGAGAGCGAAAACAGCUCACUUUUCACACGUUUAUUCAAUAAUACUGCCAAAGCAAUCAAAUGGGAGCCUCUGAAUAUUCAGUGCACAUCGAACUUACUUUUGAUUAGUUAUUAGGACAAGCGACGAGCCGUAACCGAUCAAAUCUAAGCUUGAUUACGCUUCCAAUAUGAACAACUUAAUCAAGUUUUUACGUUGGAAUUUCCAGUUGUUUUCCCCAUUUUUUCGUCACAAAAUAACUUAAGGCAAAACACCAAAAGUAAGUAGUUGUAAUGAUAAUAAAAAAAUAAUAAAAGCAUUAUUUUUUCACAUAUCAGAUUAAUAAAUAAGAUGUUUAUAACAGAUGGUUUAUUGAAGGAUGUUUUGUUGAUUUUGCGACGCAAACAGAAAAAUUAAUCAAACCUGUAUACUCGAUUCUGUACGAUGUGGCUAUAAUCAAAACCAACUUUAAAUUAUUUAUAAUAGUUGUUGUAAAUACUAACUAACUACGUGAACCAGAUGAUCGAACAAAUGGCAACUACAAAUGAAACAAUGAAUCGAACGUUACAAAUAAUUAAAAAAAGAGGGUUGAACUUUAGGGCAAAUGACCGUUUUGCUUGCAAAAACAAACGAUGUUUUGGCAGCAGUUAAAUCGGAUUUAGCCACUGUUGAUACAUGAUUUUUAAGAUGCAAAACGCGCUUUUUCCUUUAAAGCCAGCCGAAAUAUAACCCCCAAGAUUUCCCACACGCCCAUUAAAAAUCCAUAGAGAAAAUAUUCUUGAAUAGUUGAUGUUUAAGCCACCCUGUAAAGAAAUUCCUUUUAUAUACAUAAAAUAUUAGCUAGUGAAAUUCUAUGUAAAAUUAACUGUCCGUAGAAUAUAUUUGAGACUCCAUGGUCUAAAAGUAAAAUUCUAAAACUACGUCGUAUGUAACGGAGAAAAGUCGAUAGCAAUAAAUCAGUGUUAUUUUGUAUAUGAUUUUUAAAUCGGUGUUUUAAUGUAAUAUACGAGACUUGCAGGUACACAUGUUAUUUUAGAAACGUUCAAACUUUCUUUGAUCAGCGACACGCAUCAGAUUGGAUUAAUUUUAGAGACUUUUAUUUAAGAUUGUUUUGUUAUUUUGUUCAAAAAAUUCAACAGUAACCCCGACAGUUUUCAUGUUUUUAUAUGUAUUUAGGGAAAUGACUGAAGCCUACUCAAAUUACAUGUAGCUACCCUUUUAAUAUAUUAAAGAUAGUAUGUAUAACGAUAAUUUAAAAAACAUUCCAUAUUUCCUGUAUUUUUUUCCUUCCGGGCCCUUUGCAGGUAUUCAAAUGCCUUGAGCUGAGCGUCUUGUCUACAUACCUAUUUAUUAUUUAUAUCACUUUAAUUUCUCUUUUACAAUAUAAUAUAGAACAGUAUAAACGAAACAAAAUAUUCUCAAGAACUGCAUGCGCAAGUGAGCUUGAGAAUAUUUGUCUUUUGUAUUUACAUGACACACGAAGCUUGUGAUUUAUUUCUAAUCAGAAACGCCUAAGCAUAACGGGAAUAAAUAGCAAUUGGUGUAUAAUAAUCGAAGGAUAAUUUAUUCCACGUUAAGACUCUUAUACAGUUUUUAAUAUAUCUUUCUAUACUAUUUAUAAGUCAGUGUAAAAUUGUAAUAUAUUUGUAAAAUAUAAAUUUAUUCAAUAUAAAAUAUUAGCUUA